AUGAAUUCCAGAAUGAAACUUCUCAUUUCAUUCUUCUUCUUCGCCGUCACAGCAGCUCAACUUCAUUAUUACUGGAGUAAAUACCUUCAUCCGGAUUUUCUGAUGGAUGUAAGCCGAGAGUCUCGACUCGACUACCUUAAAGUAUUUUUAAACAAAACGUUGACAAUAGCUGAACAGAAGGAGAAACUCCGAGCAUGGGCAAAGAAGAAUAACGUUACGAGGCAAGUCGAAAAUCUCUUCUUUCAAGUUGGCAGUAAAAUGAUAGAGGCGAACGAGAAUUUGGCCAAAAUGAUUGAUGCUGUGUCGAAAGCUUUCAAAAUUCUCACUAAAAACAUGAAGAAUGAGAACCAGUCGAUGCCUCAGAUGAAGAAGAACAUAGAAAAGCUGAAAAAGGAGCAGCCUACGGUUUACAAUGUGCUGAGUUUUGCUAUGAAACAAGUAAUGCUUGAAAUGUCCAAGGACUUCCUUGCUCAGUCCGAGCCUAGGGCUCCGGCGAAGAGGCGGUUACAACGCAAGGUUUACCAUGCUCAUGUCAUUUAUUGUAGCACAUUUUGUCAUUGUAAACCGUCUCACAAUGCAAGUAAAAAUUUUGAAACCCAUCCGUUCGAUGUUGAACUGUGA